CAGAUAGUUUUAUCACUGAGGUUACGUCAUUAAGCUAAUAAUUUACGUCCUACCGUGAUCAAUUUCGAUCGAAUUUCAUCGGGAAAUAAAAAUGGUCCGCGCGUGGUAUAUGGACAACAGCGAUGCUGAUCAAAGAUUAGAGCAUCAUCGAAAUCCACCGAAAUAUAUUUCCCUUGGAGACUUGUUCAAAGAAACAGGUGUCGAAUAUUUCCAGGUUGAUUACAACGAUUACAAAAAUGAUAAUACAUUAAUUAAAUUGCGAAAGACACGUGGUUACACGUACGAGGACGAAAUAACAUGCUCGAAGGAAUGCCUUCCGAACUACGAGGAGAAAUUGAAAAAUUUCUUCACCGAACACCUUCAUACCGACGAGGAAAUAAGAUUAGUAUUGGAUGGGUCAGGAUAUUUUGACGUUAGAGACAAGGAUGAUCAGUGGAUCCGUAUCGAAGUUAAGGCUGGAGACCUGAUCAUUAUUCCCAGUGGAAUAUAUCAUAGAUUCACUUUGGACGUUAAUAAUUAUGUAAAAGCAAAACGCUAUUUUGUGGGAGAGCCUGUCUGGUUGCCUUACAAUAGACCAGCUGAUAAUAUGGAGUGUCGUAAAAAUUAUUUAAACCGCUUGGGCAAUGGUUUUCAAGUCGAAGCUGUUUAAACAUGUAUACUAUGAACGUAUGUAAUCGCUUAUAAAUUUAGAGAUUAUUGUGCGUCACUCUAUACUGAAAUUUAUGUAUGCAUGAUUUAUAUCUACAUUCCACAGUACUGUUUUUAAGAACGUGGAACAGUAGUUUGUUAAGAAGAUUGUUACUGAGAUUUAUAUUUUAUAUAUUCCUAUUUUUCAUAUAUCUAUUUAGCAGGUAUGUAAUUGUAAUAAUAAAAUUGAA